AUGUCAUGUAACCAUGAAUCUGAAGUUGUAAAAAAUCUUGAAAGAUUACUCAAAACAGAAACCAAUUAUGAUGUCAUCAUUUACGUUGGUGACUUUAAGGAAUUUCGUGCUCACUCCAAUAUCUUGAGUUGUAGAUCCGAAUAUUUUAACAAAAUCCUUUCUUCAAAUGAUAUUGAUAAAAAAGAUGGAAAAUAUAUAAUUAAAGAAACAAAUAUUACUCCUCAAACUUUUGAGGUUAUUAUCAAAUAUCUUUAUACGGGACACGCUGAUAUUACAAAAAAAACCGGAAUUGAGAUUUUAAAUAUUAUGAUCGCCUCUGAUGAUUUAAAGUUGAAUCAAUUAAUUAAACCCAUCGAAGAUUUCCUUAUUGAAAAUCAUCAUCAAUUCUUACGAGAUGAUCCAAUUGGAAUUUUACAAACCAUUUUUUAUCGUCAAGAAUUUAAUAAUUUGCAAGAAUUUUGUUUAGAAAUGAUCUGUUAUGAUCCUGAAAUUUUAUUUAAUUCUUCUAAAUUUAUUUAUUUACCUGCUCCUAUAUUAGAAAUUAUUCUAAAACGUGAUGAUUUGAAUUUGGAUGAAAUUGAAAUUUGGGAAAAUCUUAUUAAAUGGGGAUUAGCUCAAGAUCCAAUUCUUAAUGAUGAUAAUAUUGGAAAAGAUUUUCAUGAAAAAUUUGAUGUCUUUAAAAGAAUUCUUCAUAAAUUUAUACCAUUGGUUAGAUUUAAUGAGAUUUCUCAUGAUAAUUAUUUAAUCAAAGUCAAACCUUAUGAAGAAAUUUUACCAAAAGAAUUACAAGAAAAAAUUUUAAAAUUUUAUACAACUUCUGAAUUAACGUUUGAUAAUAAGCCAAGAUAUUCAAAAAGUGUUAUUGACUCUUUUAUAAUUAAUCAAAAUCAUAUCAUUUUACUUACAAAUUGGAUUGAUAAAAAAGAAGAGAAUUCAAAGUAUAUUAAAGCUAUUCCUUAUGAUUUUAAUCUUUUAUAUAGAGCUAGUAGAGAUGGUUAUACAGCAACAGCAUUUCAUGAAAAAUGUGAUAAUAAAGGUGCUACUAUAAUUAUAGCAAAAAUUAAAGAUUCGGAACAAAUAGUUGGAGGUUAUAAUCCACUUUAUUGGGAUUCAAAUAAAUCUUGGAUGUCAACUAAAGAUAGUUUUAUAUUUUCAUUAACAGAUAAAAAUGAUGAUCUUGAAAGUAUAAAAAUAGGUUAUAGUAAUGGAGAUGAUUAUUCUAUAGGAUGUUUUCCAUUCGAUGGUCCAAGAUUUGGUGGUGGAAAUGAUUUAGUUUAUUCUUAUUAUAGUAAUUCUUGGACGAGUAAUCCUUAUUCAUAUCCUAGUAUAGGUAUAUCUUCAAAAUUUAAUGUGGUUGAUUAUGAAGUUUUUCAAGUUAUAAAAAAGGUAAAGAAGAAUACUUUAAAAAAUACUAAAUUUAAUCAUAUUUUAUUAAAUUUAAGUAAUGAAGGGAUAGGAAAUGAUCAAACAAAUAAGGAUAAAUCUUUUGAUAAGGAAAUACUCAUCUUUUAA